GACGUCAUUUCCGACGGGAGAAGGUUGAUCUGUGCCGUCGGCGGGCGCUGCUCUUUCUCUUCCGUCGCCAUCAUGGGCCGCAUGCACGCUCCAGGGAAGGGUUUAUCCCAGUCUGCCUUGCCAUAUAGGCGAAGUGUACCCACUUGGCUGAAACUUACUUCUGAUGAUGUCAAAGAACAGAUUUACAAGUUGGCUAAAAAAGGCCUGACUCCCUCGCAGAUUGGUGUGAUCCUGAGGGACUCCCAUGGAGUUGCCCAAGUCCGUUUUGUGACCGGCAACAAAAUUCUAAGAAUUCUUAAAUCCAAGGGGCUUGCUCCUGAUCUUCCAGAGGACCUUUACCACUUAAUCAAAAAGGCAGUUGCUGUUCGUAAGCAUCUCGAAAGGAACCGGAAGGAUAAAGAUGCCAAAUUCCGACUCAUUUUGAUUGAGAGCAGAAUUCACAGACUGGCUCGUUACUACAAGACCAAGAGAGUACUGCCACCCAAUUGGAAGUAGU